AUGGCAUCCAAAAUCUGGCUUAUCACUGGUGCAUCUUCUGGCCUCGGAGCCGCAAUCGCCGAGGCAGCCCUUCAAGCCGGUCACUUAGUGAUCGCCACGGCCCGCAACCCUACUAAAGCGGCUGAAGCCAACCCGCAGAUAUCUAAACUCGGCGGUAUUUGGAUCGAGCUUGAUGUGACGAGCUCCAACACAUCUCAACUAGUGGAAUAUGCAAUCAAUGAGGCUGGUGGUGUUAUUGAUGUGGUUGUCAAUAAUGCCGGGUAUUCGUUGCUAGGCAGUAUCGAGGAUAUGAGCGAGGCCGAAAUCGAGACUCAGUUUAACACAAAUGUCUACGGUCCUGUUCGUGUGUUAAAGGGAGCUCUUCCUUUUAUGCGGGCGAGGAAGUCUGGCACUAUUGUCAAUAUUAGCAGCAGUGCCGGAGUUGAUGGACUGCCCGCCUGCGCGAUGUACGCCGGGACGAAGUUUGCUCUUGAAGGUAUGUCUGAAAGCCUCGCGAGGGAGCUGGCGCCAUUCAAUAUUCGAGUACUUGUCGUCGAGCCAGGAUCACUUCGGACCAACUUUUGGACAGCCUACCUCGAGCCUGCGGCCGGCGUGAACAAGGGCUAUGCCGGCACCCCCUUAGAACAUGUCCUCCAGGCAUUCAAGUCAAACAAAGUCCAACCUGGGGAUGCUGUCAAAUGUGCUCAGAGAAUUCUGGAAGUCGUAGACGGUACCGGCAUGGGUGCUGGGAAGGGAGACCUAUUUCGCUUGCCACUAGGCUCGGAUUGCUAUGAUCGCGUCCAAAAUAAGAUUAAGAAAUUGCAGGACAACUUGCUGGAAGCGAAGGACAUUGCCCAUUCAACUAGCUACUCAUGA